AAUUAGAACCGAAUUUUACCGCAUUCUGAGGUUAGUUCAUACACAUACAAAGAUAAUGGAACGCGAGGACUAUCAAAUUGCCAAGAAAAAGAUUAUAAAAACCAAUGACUUACUCGACAUGUACCAGGUGAAGAUCGAUAAGCUGAAUAAGGCUUCUCAGGCCUUUAAGCAACUGAAAACUAAGUACCAGAGUGCAUGUCAAGAAGCCGAAAGGCUGAAAUUGGACAAUGAGCAGCUCAAGAACAGCAUAAACAAAUACAAAACUGAUUUAGAGCAAACAAGUAAUAACUUUGCACAGUUACAAUGCGAAUAUAGAAGUUUAGAAGCAAAGUAUGAGCAAAUUAUGAUCGAUUCCCAAAUGACAAUCACAGAGUUGGAGGAGAAAGUCAAGCAACACCUGAGCAAUAAGAACAUGGCACCUUCAUCUCCAGGAAAAAAGAAUGCAGAUGACCGCCUUAGAGAGUUGAAGCGAUCUUACAGCGAACUAAAAGAGGCUGAGCACCGAAAGGCAGUAGAAAAUAAAUCGUUAUUAAAAGAAAUCAAUCAGCUUAAAAAUGCAGCCGCAAAGGAAGCGGAAAAAAUUAUAAUCAAAGAUUGCAAAGAAAUAAAUGACCUCAAAGAUCAGUUACAGAAAGCAAAUGCAACCAUUCAAGAACAAAAUAGGCUGAACAGUAUCGAAAAGUCACACAAAGAAGACAGUGAAACUGAAGUUGCUACAUUAAAAAGUGAAAUAUCAGUUUUGGAAGGCAAAUGUAGGUGUUUGACGGAACUUUUAAACAGUGCUAAAAACACACAUAUUGAUCGAUGUGAUAUUUUUACACAGACUGAAUACAGUUUACCUCAGGAUGCAAAAACCGUGUCCAGUCCUCCUCAAGUCAGGCACUGCAUUAUCGACUCAGACGAGUUCGCAAGUCUCAUGGAGGUAAUUAGAUUACCAUUACUGUCACCUAUUAGGUCGGAUUCGUCUGAUUCACCUAAUUCACUCAGCAUGAAAAAACCCCGAAAAUUGCGGAACAACAAGAAAAAAUUACAAGGUAAAUUCGAUGCGGAAGCACCUCCCCCAGCACCAACAGAAGAAAGUGUAGAACACGGAGAAAAUCAACAAAACAAUACCUUAGAGAAUCAAGACACUACAAUCAAUUUCACAAACACUUUAAAACGGAUUCCGGACACUAAAGAAUUCGCUUUAUGUGUAGAGGAAGAGGAGCGGCUAUAUUAUAAAGUUGAGCAUAAUACAGUGUCUGAAAGUAUUAGCACGAAAAAUGAUCAAUUUGUUCAUGCAAAUGUAAAUAAUUCGUCAGAGGUCAACGAUGGUGUUAGAGAUAUUUGGUCAAUGGAUGAUAUGCCUCCAAACAACGCAAUACCAAUAAAAUAUAUGACCACGCCUUCAAAGACACAACAAAAUUUAGAUUCAUUAAAUAUGGAAACAUCUUCAGCUUCAGGCUUUGAAACCAUCGCGCCGUUUCUUUGUAAACAUCCGUCCAAUGAAUCGCUGAAUAUUCCGCUGGUAAAGCGAGACGAAAAGGAUCCGCCGGAAUGCACGCCGAUGGACUCAAGAAAACGAGUGGACGAUUCUUUUACAGAAAAUUCAAGUACUCUGCUUCCUGAAGCCCAAAGUACAAUUCAACAGUCAAAACAGCAUAACAAGUCAAAAACUAAAAUGAAACUAAAGGCAAAUGAAAGGCGAAAGAUUUUGAUGCCAUACAAUACCACUCGAUUAUUACGAGCGAGAGCCCCGACAUUGAGACAGUGCAAGAAAUCUGAAGGAGACACAAUUCUCAGUGCCUUGCAGCUAUUAAAAGCCAAUAAUAUUAGUUUCACCAUAUCUAGUGACUCACUUCAACCGUUUCCCAGUUUGAUGAUAUGUCCACCAAAGGCUGAAAUUCCUUCAGAUUUUCAAAGCGAUAACAAACCAUUUCAAUGUCGGACAGUUUGCUUGGACGAAAAUUGCACUCAAAAUGGCAUGUUACUUCAAGAAGCGCGCCAAGGUGAAGAACCAGAACUACUUGGUUUUUUUCGCAUUAAAGAUGAAGCAACUACAUCGCCAGCCGCUGGAGGAACCACAAGUCAACUCCCGGACGUCGUUAAACAGUUGGCAGAACAACUUGUACAUGCCCUCAAAGAAAUGAACGGAUCUAAGAAAAAACAAGUGAGAAAGUGUUGUAAACCAAGAAGAAGUACCAGUUCCGAUGAUAAUUCAAAAUCUGAAUUUGAACGGAUAUGCGAUGCUCCAGGUGUUCUGCAAAGAAAUAAACGUUUGCUUGCAAAAGCCCGAAGGCAAAGUAACAGGUUAAAUAAUGGAACUAGGAGAGAAAGUGAUCCUAAUGAAUUUUUGGAUUCCGGAUUGGUCACCGCCACCACAAAGCAUGACACGGAUAGUCAAAGUUUAUUUAGUUAUAAUGAAGACGAAGUCUUCAAGCGAAAUUUUAGAUCUUCCUCCGUUAACAGUGAUGUAACACCUGUAAGGAAAAAUGUUCAUAUCAGUUACUCGAAAGCAUUAGCAGCUCGGAGCUCAACUAAACUACCAACAUAUCAAAAAAUAGAUCAAGAUCAAGAUAACAGCGAUUUGUUUCCAAAUUUAUUCAUUAACACUCUGGAUCUGGAAUGUUCGCCUGUUGAAUUCAAAUCUGAAGUACGGAACAGUUUUGAGCUGGAUGAACUAAGUGAACCAGAGGAUUUGUUUGCAGGAAAUACCCCUAACAUAUUUGCGAAAACCACCAUGGAAUCUAAAGUCGAUACUAUAUCGGUUAAUGCUCUAGAUUCGGAAGUUUCGUCUGUUGAGUUGAAAACAGCUGAAGUAAACAAUGGUUUUAGCGGUUUGGGUACUUCAGUCGAUGAGCUGAAUUUGGCAGACAGUUUUAUUGAAAAGGAUAGCUUAAAAAUGAAUAAGAAGCGAAAAAAGCAAAGUAUACUUGCGGAAACCAGCAUGGAAUCGAAAGUUGAUAACCCAGAAACAUCAAUUAUCAGUUUAAAUCGGAACGAUUCGUAUGUUGAAUUGACAAUAGCGGAAAUAAAAAGGAGUUUAGAAAGUUUGGAUACUCCUUUAGAUGAACCGAAUAAGGCAGAUAGUUUCAUUGAACAGAAUAAGAAGCAGGAAUUAAUUGGAAAAACCAACGCGGAAUGUAAAGUUGGUAGCCCAAAACCAUCAAUUAACACUUUACGUUUGGAAUGUUUGCCAGUGGAGUCGAAAAGAGGUGAAGUAAACAAUGGUUCUAGCGGUUUGGAUACUUCAUUCGAUGAGCCGAAAGAGGCAGAGAGUUUCAUUGAAAAAGAUACAGUAAAAAGGAAUCAAAAGCGUAAAAAGCAAAACAUAAUUGCGAAAACCAGCAUGGAAUCGAAAGUUGAUAGCUCAAAACAGUCAAUUAACACUUUAAAUCGGACCGAUCCGUCUAUCGAUUUGAAAAUAAACGGUAGUUUGGAUACCUCUUUAGAUGAACCGAAUGAGGCAGAUAAUUUGAUUGGACGAAAUAAGCGUAAGAAGCAGAACGUAAUUGAAAAAAUCAGCACGGAAUGUAAAGUUGAUAGUGCAGAACCAUCAAUUAACACUUUCCAUUUGGAAGGUUUGCCAGUCGAGUCUAAAACAACUGACAUAAAAGAUGGUUUUAGCGAUUUAGAUACUUCUCUAGGUGAGCCGAAUGAGACAGAGAGCUUGACUGAAAAUAAAAAAACGAGUGCAAUAGUGGAACCUAGAUUUGCUAGCCCAAGAACCAGACGUUCACAGGUAAAAAUACCAGCAUUGGAAACCCCAAGUACCAGACUUAUACAGCUGCGAAAUAAAAGCAUCCAAGUGGAGCCCAAAAUCGAAAAACCCAAAAAAGUCAAUCAACAGAAAUAUAAGCGGAAUUCACCUAUAUGCAGUAACGAAUCGGAAGUAGAUUGCGACCAUGUUCAACAAAUGACUUGCUCCGGCAAAGUGGCGAACACAGACUCAAAAAAGUUAAAUGAAAGCAGCAGCACAAUCAAGAAAAAUUCAAAAAAUGUUCGUAAUACCAGAGCAAAGUCAAAGCGAAUUACGAGAUCUUCGCCAAAAAUAAUCAGCAAGGAGUACGUUUCCGGUUCAAGUAGUGAUUGUUCCGUUAAAGAUGAAACUGAUCGCGCAUAUUUUUCCGGCAACGGCUUAAACACUGAACUAAACCAAGAGAAAAAAAUUGUGAAAUCGCCGAUUCGUUCGUCCUCAAAACGAAAGCUUAAUAUCGGUGUUGCAGUCAACAGGAAAUACGACACUAACCAGCUUUUCGGUUCCGAAUCAGAUUCUUCUGAUCAAGAUCUAGCUGAUUUUAAACCCAAAUCCUUGCUAAAGGAAGACGUUCCAGAAAUUGGCCGCGUAGAAUUAACAGACGAAUCUAAGCAAGAGGUAAGUUGUCAGAUAACCAUUCCAAGCGCGGAUAAUUCUAUUUUGAACAAAUUUAAUGGUACAGUAGAUGAAAAUUUGAAACCAAAAAUAUGGUCCGAAAAUGCGCAAAUCCAGAGAGAUGAAAUCGCGGAUCAAGACGAGCUUCAACGUUCCUUGAAAAGGAACUUUGAUGAAUUUAAAACGCGGUAUAACGACAAGUACUUGAAGCCAAAGCCACUUAAGGACGAUGUCGAUAUUUCUUUGGAUGAAAAAAUUAAACCUGGGUUUGUAUGGAAUAUCGUCGAUGGCCAAUCAGAACAGAAGGAAAGCCGCUCAGCUGUGAGUGAAUCAACAUUGCAUCUAGAUAAAUCUACUUGGAGCUGCACUCAAGAAGAGCUAAGAGAAAUGCGCGAAAAUACCAAAGGAAACAAGAUCCACAUUAUACAAAACAUUGUUGUGCCUGCAAGGGAAACUUCAUAUUGUGCAGAAAAGUCUGGUCAAUCCGAUGUAACUGUUCAGCAGAACGGUAUGAUUCCCGGUGGUCUACCAGGCAUAACUAAGAGCGCACUGCCGUUAGCAGCAACCUCAUAUUGUGAAGAAAAUGAUAGCCGAUCCACUUCUGAUUUAAUUGAUUACAGUGACAUGAUAUCGGACGAUUGUCCAGCAGCUUUAAAUUUGGAAAGUGAAGAAUUUGCCCCAAUAUCGUCUGAGAAUGGGGACUUCAUUCCUAAUUCAAUGGAAUCGCUGGAUUCAGGCCAAAAUCCACCAUCUGGUAAAAAUAAAGUUAUGAAUCGCAGCGAAAUAUUGAAUACAAUGAACCGACUUAUAAUGUUCUCAGAAGACGUGGAUGUGCUUAACGAAACAGCUCAGAAAUUCUGUGAUCAAACAGUUGACUUCAUAGCAUACGUUUUUCUGGAAAAGUUGUGCGUCGAUAUCUUUGACAAACCAAACAACGAUUGCCCGCCAAGUCCCGUGAUGACGGCCACGCAGCGAAUUGUAUUAGGAUUUUUGACAAAACUCGAUAACACGACGCAUAAAGGAAUUCUGAACAAAUUCCUAGACGUUGCCGAUUUGCAACUGUUCAAAAAACCGCACGAUGUAAACAUUAUUGAGCCGAUUACUCGAGUUUAUACAGCGAUUUGCAGGAUGCAAUUGAACAUUAAUCGAAUGCGUCGAUUUAUCUGUGAAAGUUUCUAUUUUGCAGACGAAUUUGCCAAUUCCAUUUUCUUCAUUGUUCUUACAAUGUGGGGCAAUGUAAUGCCGAUGGCAGCGGAUGUGGCGAAAUAUCCUUUGGCCAAAAUAAUCAUUCAACUUUGUUAUACAAAGAAGAAGCCUGUGCCCCAGAUAAUGCCUCUGCGGGAUUUGCUGCAAAAGUACUUCGGAUAUCCUGCAGAUCCUUGGAAUUCUGAUGAACUAUUCGAAGAACUUUUGGAGAGCUACAUAAAAAAUCCAUUCGAAAGACAGUCGGACUUCGCCAUACUACUGUUUUUUAAGAGUCAGCCGGCUAAGUGGGUUUUCCAAAAAGUCAAAAAUCACCUUAUGUUGUUGUUUCAAAGAAUACCGAACUCCAAUUCUAAUCUGAGAGCAAACCUGAUCAUAUUUAUGGGGAAUAUUUGCAGUGCGUUCAAAGCGCACAUUGAUGAAGAGUGGCUUUUAAUUCUCGAAAUGAAUCAGUGGUUUGAAACGAUACAAAACGUGGAACGAGAUGCUGUGGUACUAAAAAGUAUCAUCCUGGCUAAAAACCGGUUGCCUGUAAGGCGCCCAGUUAAACGAAGAAAGGGAAUAAAAUCUGUUAAAGUUGGAGAAACUGCAAAUGAAACGCGAAUUGGGGCGACAUAAACGUACCAGUGCUCAGUGUAAAUAGAAUCGAGUGCGGUACUGAAUGGGAAGAUAAUUUUCCUGACAAGAAAAGUGUGAUACCAAACAAAAGACCAUGUAAAUGAGGUGUAAUAUAUAAUGGGAAGAAAACGACAAAACAAUAAGCCGUAGUCGUUAAAUAGUGAGAUACUAAUUUUAAUGAUAGACGUAUUUUUAGUGAGUUGAAGGCUUUUUGCAAAAUACAUUU